UUGUCGGUUGUUGGAGGGUGAAUUCAAUGCACUGGCGUAUCCCGGUGGUUGCCUAGUAACGCGCUGGCAGUGGGCGCCGUACAGAGAUCUCUAUGGUGGGCGCUCCAUUAAAACCGUUGGCGCUCCUGACCUUGGCGUCGUAUAUGCGCAAAGCACACAGUCUGUGCAAAGCAGGAGAUAAGAGUACAGAUCCGUGCGUUUGAUAGCAAAACCGGGGGACAUAUUUCACACACAGCCAGCCCCAUUGUAUUGUAGCGACACUGACGGGCAUGGUAUGGUGGAAAUCUGGAGAUGGAGCGCGUAUCAGCUUGUGUAAAAGCAGAUUUGUGUGCACUGCAAUGAAAAGUGGAGGUGGUGGCGCUCCAUACCUGGCUGAGGUGCGUUUGGAUUUGAUAACCGUCACUGCCAAAGGCAUAGUGAGUGAUGUCUGUUUGAUAGGCUCAGCGCAAAGGGACUGAGCGCACACUACAGUGAGCAUUUGUGCUGUGCAAGGGCACUGUCCUGCCCAGACCAUGUGGCUGGCUACAUUCAGAGACCAUCUGUUGCCUGCACACCUGCUGCACCAUCAAGGGACUGUAACCGUCACCCACUGUGCUCUUCUUUGGUGGAUACUAUGUUCCUGCUGGUCCUUCACCAAGUCCACAAGCCAGAAAUUCUACCCGACAGUGACUACUCAGUUUGGGAAACUCCGAGGUCUUCGGGUCCCCGUGCCCAGCGAGGUGCUCCGGCCCGUUGAUCAGUAUCUGGGGGUCCCCUACGCUGCUCCACCAAUCGGUGAGAAGCGUUUCAUGCCCCCUGACCAACCCUCCUCUUGGUCCGGAGUCAAGAAUGCUACCCACUUCAUGCCCGUGUGCCCUCAGAACAUCCACAACACCGUGCCCGAGAUCAUGAUGCCCAUAUGGUUCACCUAUAACCUUGACACAGUAGCCACCUACAUUCAGGAUCAGAGCGAGGACUGUUUGUAUCUAAACAUCUACGCUCCGACGGAGGAUGGGAGCCAUCACAAGAAAAAGGGGGCGGCUUUCUCACAUGCUGAGGCUCAUAUAUCCGAAGAUAUAAGGGACUCUGAAGCUCGACCUGUGAUGGUCUACAUCCAUGGAGGCUCCUAUAUGGAGGGCACCGGGAACAUGAUGGACGGCAGCGUGCUGGCCAGUUAUGGGAACGUUAUCGUGGUCACGCUCAACUACAGAAUCGGAAUAUUAGGCUUCCUCAGUACUGGUGACCAGGCAGCAAAAGGAAACUACGGACUCCUGGACCAGAUUCAAGCUCUCCGCUGGAUCAGUAAGAACAUCGGUUACUUUGGAGGAGACCCGGGUCGCAUCACAGUUUUUGGAUCUGGAAUCGGUGCCUCCUGCGUCAGUCUGCUAACUCUGUCCCACCACUCAGAGGGUUUGUUCCACAGAGCCAUUAUCCAAAGCGGUUCAGCACUGUCCAGCUGGGCUGUCAACUACCAACCGGUCAAGUACACUCGCAUGCUGGCCGAGAGGGUUGGCUGCAACGUGCUGGACACCGUGGACAUGGUCUCCUGCCUGCAGAAGAAGAGUGCGAGGGAGCUGGUGGAGCAAGACAUCCAACCGGCUCGAUACCGUGUCGCUUUCGGUCCUGUCAUUGACGGAGACGUCAUCCCGGACGACCCAGAGAUCCUGAUGGAGCAGGGCGAGUUCCUAAACUACGAUAUAAUGCUUGGUGUUAAUCAGGGAGAGGGACUGCGCUUUGUGGAGAACGUGAUGGAUCUGGAGGACGGCGUGUCUGGCAGCGACUUUGACUUUGCAGUGUCAGACUUUGUGGACAGUUUGUACGGCUACCCAGAAGGAAAAGACACACUGAGGGAGACUAUUAAAUUCAUGUACACAGACUGGGCUGACAAGGACAACCCGGAGACCAGGAGGAAGACUCUGGUGGCUCUCUUCACCGACCACCAAUGGGUGGAGCCCUCAGUGGUGACCGCUGACCUGCACGCCCGCUACGGCUCGCCUACCUACUUUUACGCCUUCUACCACCACUGCCAGAGUCUCAUGAAGCCAGUGUGGUCAGACUCAGCACAUGGAGAUGAGGUGCCUUACGUGUUUGGCAUCCCGAUGGUGGGCCCCACCGACCUGUUCCCCUGUAACUUCUCCAGGAACGACAUCAUGCUCAGCGCAGUUGUUAUGACUUACUGGACCAACUUCGCCAAGAGUGGGGAUCCCAACAAACCAGUGCCACAGGACACUAAGUUCAUCCACACCAAGGCCAACCGCUUCGAGGAGGUGGCCUGGUCCAAGUACGACCCAUACGACCAGCUGUACCUGCACAUCGGCCUGAAGCCUCGUAUCCGUGAUCACUACCGCGCUACCAAGGUGGCCUUCUGGAAACACCUGGUGCCCCAUCUCUACAACCUCCACGACAUGUUCCACUACUCCUCCACCACCACCAAGGUGACCCCGUUGGAUCCCACCCAGUCCAACGGUAAGAGGGCCGGCAGCACAGGCCGGACUCCUGCAUCCACCUCCAACAACGGUGAAGGGGGGAGAGAGAUGGGCCCUCUGAUCAUGCCGAACCCAAGAGAUUACUCCACAGAGCUCAGCGUCACCAUUGCUGUCGGGGCGUCGCUGCUCUUCCUCAACGUCCUUGCCUUCGCCGCCCUGUACUACCGCAAGGACAAGCGCAGUCGGCAGGACUUGUCCCAGCAGCACAGUCCCCAGUGCGACAGCAAAGGCAACAACGUGAGCCACACCACCACUAUAGACGAGAGCCUGUCCCAGCAGAGGAACCAGUGUGAGGCCCUUCACAAUCCUCUCCACGUCUCGCCAAGCAUGGACUACUCCCUGAGCCAGCGCCGCUCCCCUGACGACAUCCCACUGAUGACCCCCAACAACAUCACCAUGAUCCCCAACUCCCUGAUGGGCCUCUCCAACAUGAGUCCGUACAGCACCUUCCCAGCUGGGUACAGCUCUGCAGGCCUGCCUAGCACCCACUCCACCACUCGGGUAUAGCCUGGCGGGAGACGAGAGGAGAGAAGUAGCGUGACGUACAUAAAACGUGGAAAUGUAAAGCUGUAUUUAGGGUGUGUAGGUAAAAUAGGAUUGAAAAUGUUUGUUCUGUCUUUUCCAAAGGUGUACAACCGCCAACAUCCUGCCUUUGCUCUCUCAUAAUAGGAAGUCUAACUGCAAAGUCAUUUUAUAUAAUAAUCAUUUUCAAAGGCAGACAAAAAGAAAAGUGCAUUUCAUUUUCCACUUUGGCUUUUUUGGAACUUUACCUAGCAAGAACUUAGUAUAAUGUUUAUACAGUUGGAUUUGUAUGGGAAGCUUUUUCUUACUCUGUGAUAUCUAUUUUGAUCUCGAGGAACGAAGUGACAUUACGACUCGUGGUGGACAGAGAUGAAAUCUGGGAAAAGCUGAAAAGCAGUAUUAUUAUUCUAACUAUUAUUAUCAAGCUAUUUUAUACAUAUUUCUCAUGGUACAUUGCUUAAUAUGAAAAUGUAUUUUUACUGUUAUUACUUUAAAAUGCCUUGUAACUCACUCGCAAGGAUUUACUGUGGAACUAUGGAUUGAAAUUUAACUGGUCACACACAUGGUAAAAAAAAAGUUUAUCCAACGUAUUUCUAUCUGGGAGUGUAAAAUAAAGCACUCCAAUGUAAGUGUGUGUGACUGGGCGUGAGUGUGUGUGCUGAGAAGUGCGCUACAAAAAUGUAAUUAGGCAUCGUUCAAUUUAACCAUUUAGUUUCGCAUAUGUAGUGUUGUGUAAUCUAUUGUAGUCUAUUUGAGUAUCCUUGCUAUAUUUUUAUUUUACGUGUCUAAGAUUUUGCCUAAUACAUUGGAGUAAUAUAACUUCUGCUUUACUAUAAAAAGAAAAUUGCUUAAAAUGUGUUUUCCUACUCCAACCAACUCAUGGUUCUUUUGGCUUGGCUUCUUUGUACAGAAUAAACUUAGGCCAACAUUUUAUUUGUCGUUUGUUUAUGAAUACUGUAAGAUCUUCGGAAACAUAAAUGUAAUUACGUUGUAAUUGUAUGUAUACCAACUCAAUUAUUCACAUUUAUGAAGGAGUAUCACGAAACGUACAGAUGAAUGCGCGUACUCCCAGUCGUUUGGACCCUGUGCGUAACAGGAUAUAUCCAGGGGUCACUCUUUACUGAAUGGACAUGAUGGACGUCAAGCUUCGAGUUUUGAUUUCUUUAAACCUACCAUAAUGUUGUUUAAUCUAAAUAAAACGACUAUUAAAAGAUUUUUGAACAAAGAAA